AUGAGUGAUCAUUAUGGGAAUGGGAAUCAUAAUGGAUACAAUAACAACAAUAACAACCAUCAUCACAACAACAAUUAUAACAACAAUGACAGAGGUGGAGGAGGACGAUAUAAUAAUAAUCGAGCACCUAAAGAAGGUAAAGAUUCAGAACGUUUAGCAGCCUAUAAACAGAAUCUAGAUCAACAAUUAGCAUCACAAGAGAAGAAAACUGCAUUCAGAAGAAUAGUCGAUCAUGGUAAUAACAUGGGACGAUGGUAUAUUAAUAAAAGUUUAGGAUUAACUCGAAAUCAACAACCUAUAGGGAAAAUUAGACCUGAUUCAUCAUAUUUAAUUGAUUUAUUACCAUCCAUGGCAUAUUCAUCAUCAUCCAAUCUUGAUUGUAAUAGUAAUAGGAAUAAUAUGGCCAUAAUGGAUAUUGAAACUAAAUUUGUUCAUUUAUCAUCUAAUAAAGUUAAACAUUCAAUUAAUACAGUUAAAUGGACUCCAGAAGGAAGAAGAUUAGUUGUUGCAUCUCAUAGUGGAGAAUUCACCAUUUGGAAUGGGAUGACAUUCAAUUUCGAAACCAUUAUGCAAGCUCAUGAUUCCCCUAUUUUAUCAUUACAAUAUUCUCAUAAUGAUGAAUGGUUAUUAAGUGGUGAUCAAAGUGGGGGAGUUAAAUUUUGGCAACCCAAUUUUAAUAAUGUUAAUAAUAUAACGGCACAUCCUAGUGGAGUUAGAGAUAUUGCCUUUUCUCCUAAUGAUUCUAAAUUCUUAACUUGUGGUGAUGAUUCUACAGUUAAGAUUUGGAAUUUUAAUAAUGGACAAGAAGAGAGAACUUUAACAGGUCAUCAUUGGGAAGUGAAAUCAGCUGAUUGGCAUGCUAAUUUAGGAUUAAUUGUAAGUGGAUCUAAAGAUAAUUUAGUUAAAUUAUGGGAUCCAAGAAGUUCAACAUGUGUAACUACCUUACAUGGAUUCAAACAUACAGUUAAUAAAACCAGAUUUCAACCAACAGGGACAAAACGAUUAUUAGCUGCUGUUUCAAGAGAUAGAUCAUGUAGAAUAUUUGAUUUAAGAACUAUGAAAGAUAUUUUAGUGUUGAGAGAUCAUGAAACUGAUUUAUCAUGUGUGGCAUGGCAUCCUGUUCAUGCAUCUAUGUUAACUACAGCUGCUUUUAAUGGAGCUAUGAAUCAAUAUUUACUUGAUUCUUAUAUUCCUGAUAAUGAUAAUUCCUCCUCCAACACGAAUUCCACCAACAAUAAUAAUAAUAACAAUAAUAAUAAUAACUAUAGAAAUAAAAAUGAUAAUUUCAAAUCGAUUGAUAGUUUGGAAGCAGUUCAUAAAAUCCCAUUUGCUCAUGAAAAGGCGAUCCAUACUCUUGAAUAUCAUCCUAUGGGUCAUUUAUUAUGUUCUGCCGGGUCAGAUAAAACCGCUCGAUUCUGGUCUCGUGCCCGUCCUAAUGAUCCUAAAUCAUAUAAAGAUGCUGUAUAUACUGAUCAAAAGAAUGGAGCAUGGUAUUAUGUGGCCAAUAAUAAUGUUAAUGCAAUAAUUGAAGAUGAAGAAUCUAAAUUAACUACAAGUUCAAUAAGUGGGAAUGCACCAUUACCUCCUCCAACUACUCAAUAUGCUAAUGCCUCAUCAUCAUUAAAUUCAUUGUCAGAAUCGAGAUCAGGAGGUAUCAAUGUUCCGGGAUUGAAUAAUGUAACUAUACCGGGACUUAACUAUAAUCGAUGA